UAUGCACGGACGCGAGGCAAUGCUAUUCGCCUGCGCGCGCCUCGAGUUGUGCUCUUUAGUAAUUUUUUUUUAGAAACUACCAUACAGCUUAUAAUUUCAACAUUUGCUGGCUUUGAAUGUUUCAUUUUUCUUGAAAACGCGACAACUACAUACAAAGUAUAAUGGGGAGUAUAAUGGAAAUACAAAACAGUCCAACGUUGGCGGAAAAUCGUAAUACGUCACGUCCGGCUACAAAUUCGGAGGGAAUCAUAGUUGGGUGCACGUUAGAGGAAAAGAUGACAGAGACGACAGUGAUAGAUGACCAGGGUGAUGUUGUUUGCAAUUUCUGCUGGCGAGGGCAUGAUACAGAGGAUAUUGCAGGAAAGCUUCAUGCUUCUCCUUUGAAGGAAUCUACACUGAACAUAAUUUCUGCUCACCACAAGUGCAUGCAAUAUGCAUCCAAUCUGACCCAGUACAAAUUUAAAUCAUUUGGCGGCUUCAUAAUUGAUGAUGUGGAAAAAGAGAUUCUCAGGGGCUCAAAACUGAAAUGUUCCAUAUGCAAAAGAGAGAAAGUAAAAGGCAGAAAAGCCACAGGUGCAUGCUGUGGCUGUGCAGUGAAGUCAUGUCGCAAAACCUUCCACUUUCCCUGUGCUUAUGAAGACUCCAUGACCAUCACCAAGAGACUGAGGGUGAGACAAAGCAAGAGGAACAAAGUAUAUAUUCUCUAUCGUGUGUUUUGCUCUGCUGCUCAUGAAGAGGCCUUUCGCGCAGGCAUGAAAGAAGAAUUUCGCGCAAGUAAAGGAUUUGAUGACAGCGGCAGUGAAGAAAAUGAUAACGAUGAGAUCAGUUUUUCCCAAAUCUUCAGCCCAGACUCUCCUGUCUCACUCCAGCAAACUACACCCACGUCUGUAAAUGGAUCAGAGACUUCUUCCAGCAUGAAGAUCUCUCUAUCACAAGUCAAAGACUUCUCUUUAGAACCAAAGCCCUGUGAACAGGAACUCCUUUCCAUGGAAGACAGCAUUGCAGAUAGUCAACUGACAGAUGACAACAAUAAAAAAGCAGCUUCCUGUGGUGCUAGGCAGAAAUUGAGGUUUGUGUCAAGGGGACCUCGGUCAUCGCAAAUACUAGCAUCCAGUGAGUACAGUCCUAUGCCAGAGGAAAGAAAUUUUCUAAAUGAAUCUGAUAGUUUGGAAAAAUUAGACAGCACCCAUAGCAUUAAAGAUAAACAAGCAAUUGUUGUGCUAGAGGAUUGUGGUUCUUCAGACAUGUCAAAAUUGCGUGGAGUUUUAUGUAGUAAAAAUGGUUCCAGUGAUAACACUACUUCGCCAUCAGAAGCAAAGAAAAAACUGAGAAGUGUAGAAAAGGGCCGCAGGACAAAAUCAUCUCCAACAAAACAUUCAAUUCCAACAAAUCAUUUGGAGUCUACACAGGAGAAUGCUGUAGUUGAUGGGGAACAGUUAAACUUGGAUCAUAUGGUUGCAAAACAAGGUACCCCUAAUUCUGCAAAUAAAAAUGGAAAAAAUAAAGUAGUGCAAAGGAAAAACAUGUCAAAACUAAGGGUAAGUCCCAGGUCAGGUGUUCAGCCUAAUACCAUGUUGUCUGUGACAGCUGAGGUGCACGCAGAUGCUCCAAUGGAAGAACUUGUCAGUGCUGCUUUAGCAACAGAACAUGAUAACGAAUCGUAUGCUUCUUCAUCAAGAUCACUAAGUAGUAGUUUAGGGAAUGAUGUUGCUGAAGAUCAUGAUAAAGAUGCAAGUGCAAGUUUUGUGACAUGCUCUUCAAAUAUAAGACAAUCUCCAUCUUCUGCCUCAUUAUCUUCGGGUGAAAGCACUUAUAUGACUGGAGAUGCCAGCAUAUCACGAAAAAGAAAGACACCUGAAACUUGUGGGGAUUCUGGUGAUGCUGCUGCUGGGGAAUCUCUUGCAAAACGCAGAGCAGAAAGCAUUUCAUCAGAUGACAGUCGGAGAACUGGGGAAGUUGGUUUGUCACCAGGAAAACACCCAUGUGCAAACGAAGUAUUGAAAUUGGCUAAGGCUCAGACAUUUGUAGAAGAUGUUGAAGUACCAUCAUCAAAUAGAAACUCCAAUGCAGCUAUGCUCAUCUUCCCUGGAGAUACGGCUCACUUUAAGAGGGUCAAGAAUCAGGCACUAGAAGCUGCAGCAGCAGAGUUUAACACUGAUAUUAUCAACUGUGUGGUGCAUGACUCGUUACAAGAACUGAAGUCUCCACAUCAGCUCAUUUUCUUCAUCAUUGAUAUUAUUGGUUUCUUAAAGAGUGGGGAUAUGGGAAAUUUGGAACGACUGCUGUUUCUCGAUGAAUUUGCAAGAGAAAGGGCAAGCACAUAUGAUACUCAGGGUCAGAUAUUUAAGGUUCUGAGCAAUGAGUCAGAAAGGAUUUUGGAAGCACUGUGGUACAGCAUUGAAAAGACAGCAGCAAACCUGUCUGCGCUAGAUUCUGACAAUUGUGUUGCAAAAGUACUGCAUGUGGAGGGGAAGAGGAUGCUUGCAGUGUGCAUUCCACUUAAUGAAAGUAGUAAGCACAUUUGUGCCAAAGUGAAGGCAAGGAUGGGGCUGUACAGGUGGAAAAGAAAUACCAGAGUAGAGGAAACUUUCCAACACUUGGAAAUAGAACAGAGGAACCAUUUUGCAGAAGUGGAAAGUCUGGUUCUCAGUUCUUGGCUUUGUGAGACUAUGGGCAUUAGGAAAAUGGUGGUUUUUCCCAAAGACCAGUAUCUUCUUGACAAAGCAGCCAUAAAAAUCAAUCCAGCUUUAAAUUUUGUCCAGCAGUCCCUCCAGAGAUGGCUUGCAGACAAAUAUGCCAGUCUACAAGAAGGGGACUGCCAAGAUACAGUAGGGAAAACAUGUCCUAGCACUCCUCUACUUGUAUUUCAGCCUGUAGUGUUUACAGUUUUAAACUUUCAGCAGUAUUUUCAAGAGGUGCUGUCAGAAUUCCUGAAGAGAAAUGAGGUCAAUCAGAUCCUUGCCCUCAUCCCUGUGACAAACUUGCAUUCACUGACAUGUGAGGCCAUUUCUGCAAUGGCUUCCAGUGCCUGUGCAGCUGCAGAGUUCAAACUUGGAGUUUUAAGUGUAUAUGACCCUAACCAAUAUCCUACACAACUACUGCUAUUUGACAUGAAAAGAUCAUGUUUUGAAGAUGACAACGUUGGUUCAACCUCAGAAGAUGAAGACCUAAACUUCAUCUAUCAGUCCGAUAAAAAGAUACGUGUGAGUCCUCGCAAGAAUAAGAGGACAUGCUAAUGUGCUUCAGCAUCAUUUGGCAGCUGCCAUUGAUCAAAAAAGUGUAAAUAUCUUUAAAUUAAAAAGAAAUACACUGGCAGUUUUCUAUGUGUAAUUACAUCUCAACAUUUUUACUAUACUAGCUUGUGGAUGUCCUCCCAUUAGAUUAUGUGCAUUCCAGCUGUUUGGCUUAUUAGUACCUCAGUACAGAAAAAUGAGAAUCUAAAUUGGCAGUAUGACCAAUUACCAUUAAAAGAUACUUAAGUUAUGUUCAUAUCGAGUAAAGGCACCGAUGACUGAUUUUGCAAUAUAUCACACUUUCAUUGUCUGAUUUAUGCUUUAUUGCAAUAUUUGUCUGUAUGUUAUAAAAAGAUCAUAGAGGAAUUUGUUCUUCUGGCCAUCUUUUUAAUAAAUGAUUAAAAUACAUUGAGAGAAAACUAAACAGCCUUAAAAAUGGUUUAAAAUAGGAAAUUUAUGUCAAGAAAGUUACCUAAUCAUAUGGUUAUUUCCCUUGUAGAACAAAUCUUUAUUUAUGUUUUUUUUUUUUUUUUUUUUUUUGCGCUGUUUGUUUCUUGACGACGACUAGGUUAUUUCAGCUUGCACACAUGUAAGAAACAUAAGCUUUGUACACAACAAUAGUGAUGAUUGAACCGAAAAUGUACCUACAAUUUUUUGCAUUAAUAUUUUUUCAAUGUUGUUGUUGACUUUGAAAUAAAAAAAAGAUAAUUUUUCA